AUGAUGACGUAAACACAACACAUGAACCAAAGCUCUGAAAAAUCAUGCCUACAAAUGCAACAAAAAGACUGUAUACACAAACACCGGACCCGACCAAUGAACCUAUACAAACAGCAACUGUAGUGAUUAUACAUCCUGGAUCAUUAAAUCUAAGACUUGGGAGGGCCUCUGACACAUAUCCAGUAACCAUACCUCACUGUAUAGCACGGAGAACUACUUACCAGAAAACAGAACCAUGGAUUAACAGACCAGAAUGUCAGCACAGUGAUGUUAAAGCAUUACAGAAGUAUGGACUGAAACAAUCGGAGGAAGCUGUGGCCUCCAGACCAACAUCUACUGGAGAAUAUAGACAACCAACUUCACAAAAACUGAUAUACAGUUAUAAUAAUAAUGCCAGAGGUCAAGUAACUGAAGUAAUUUGUCCACAAAAAUGGUCAGAGACCAAGCAAACACCAUUUCUGAUAGGAGAAGAGGCAUUACAUAUUAAACCAAGUGAUAAAUUUAGAAUUCACUGGCCAGUGAGAAGAGGGCGUUUAAACUUACAUGAUGGACCAGGAGGCACUCUGACAGCUGUGAUGGAAGAUUUGGAAACUCUUUGGUCUGCUGCUAUACAGACUUAUCUUGAUAUUCCUAUUAAAGAUCUUAAGAUAUAUAAAGUAUUGCUGCUUGUUCCAGAUGUGUUUGUACAUAACCAUGUUAAACACAUGACAGACAUACUAUUAAAUAAACUUGGAUUUGGUGCAGCUAUUGUUAUACAGGAGUCCGUGUGUGCUACAUUUGGUGCUGGUGUGGGUAGUGCAUGUGUUGUUGAUAUAGGAGACCAGAAAGUCAGUGUGUGUUGUGUAGAAGAUGGAAAUUCUACAUUAAAUACAAGAAUUACAAUGGAAUAUGGUGGGAGUGAUGUUACUCGAUGUUUCCAUUGGCUACUUCAGAGGUCAGGGUUCAAUCCAAAGGAAAUAGACCUCAAUAAAGUAACAGAUUGUAACAUAAUGCAGGAAAUGAAAGAAUCCUACUGCCAUUUAGACCAGGAUAAAACUGGCAUACAAGAUCAUUCACUGCUAAUUAGGAAACCUCAACAACACAUUGUGAAAUAUCCUGUUAAAUUGGGUGAUGAGGCUAUCAUAGCACCAAUGUCAUUGUUUCAUCCAGAACUGCUAGGUAUUAUGGGACCACAACUUGUAAGGACCCAGGGUCGUUGUACUGGGGACCCUGAAGAUCCACAUGAUGAAUUUUACCUUCAGAUGACUUCUAGAGAGGCCAAGCUUUCCAAGAAAAAGGACACAACGGAAUCUAAAGACAAUUCUGAACUGAAUGUAAUGGACGACUCUCAGUUACAGACUCAGAUGGAUGAUGACUCUAAUGAUGCACCAGACACGUUAAAUGUGACAGACACAGUGAAAAGUGGGAGGAGGGGCGAGGAGGAGGAGACUGACAUAGAUACAGAAACUGUUUUACAAUUAAUGGGAAUAGACCAAGCUAUACUCAAAAGCAUAGAAAGAUGUGGAAAUGAUGAGAUAAAGAAGAAAAUGUACAGCUGUAUAGUAGUUGUAGGAGGAGGUUUAAAGUUUGAAGGUGCACAGCAAUGGUUACAGUACAAAGUGUGGGUAGGAAUGCCACCACAGUAUAGACUGAUGUUGGAAACCAUGGAUGUCAUCACAAGGCCUAAGGACAUGGAUCCAACAUUUACCUGUUGGAAAGGUGCAGCAGUUCUGGCUUGUCUGGAUACAGCACAGGAAUUGUGGAUUAGACAGAAGGAAUGGAAACAGUUCAGUGUACGAAUGUUGAGGGAAAGAGCCCCAUUUACAUGGUGAAAAUCUUAAAAUGUCUGACAUGGAUACAUGUAUUUGGAUUAUAAAUCAUUUGAGUCCUGGCCCAGUAAAAAACUGUUUGGACUUUUUAAUGCAGACAGCUAUGCUUGGGAUGACAAAGUAAGAUGGAAGAACUUGAGAUGUUUGGAAUUAUUGCAGUGUUAUAUACAAUGUAAUACUAGGCACUAUACAUUGCCAAAGAAUGGAAUCAACAGAUCUGGAAUAUAAUAAAUAUUAUGUAACGCA